CAGAGGGUCACGCCGCGCCCCGCCGCGCCCCGCACCGCCACGCCGCGCCCGCCGCCGGGGUCGCCGCCGAGGCCGCCGUCAUGUGAGAUGAUGGACCGACCGGCCCCCGGCAGUACUCGCCUGGCGCCCGCCGCCGCGCCAGCCCAGCCCGCCAGCCACCGCAUCGACGACAUCCUGGGCAAGAGCAAGCAGGACGAGCCGGCGGCCGCCGCCUUCGCGCCGUGCGUCAAGCCGCAGCCCCAGAUGCCGCCGCUGCCGCCGUUGCCCGCCGCGCCGCACGCGCUGCACCCGCACCACGCGCUGCACCCGCACCUGUUGUCACCCGCCUCCAGGGCCUUCCUGCCACCGAUCUUCCAGCGCUCCGUCCUCCUCCAGCCCUCGUACCAGCACAUCCUGCACCUGCCGUGGGCUCAAACCCCCGUGUCCUUAGCUGAGCUGGUGGCGGGCUACCCGGGGUCGCUGGACGCCGGCAAGGUGGCCGGACGACGGCGCAAGGCGCGCACCGUGUUCUCGGACCAGCAGCUGCACGGGCUGGAGAAGCGCUUUGGCAAGCAGCGCUACCUGUCUACGCCCGAGCGGGUCGAGCUCGCCACCGCCCUCAACCUGUCCGAGACGCAGGUGAAAACGUGGUUCCAGAACCGCCGCAUGAAGCACAAGAAGCAGCAGAGGAAGAUGGCGGACGACAAGCAGACCAAUGGCGGGAAACGGACCAGUGCAGACGGUUCAGAGGCUGGCGACCUUCCCGUCGACUUCUCCCUGGCGGCGUCCGGCGGCGCUAGCUCCGUGGAUCUGAGCAGUGUUCCCGACGACGGUGACCCGGAGGGCGAGGCGUCCGACUGCGAGAUCGACGUCGGCGGACCCACGGGGACGCCGUCGAGCCUCCAGCAGCAGCCCGGCAGCGGCGGUGGACACGGCACGGGACACGGUCCCGGACACGAGCACGGGCCAGACAAGGCAGACUCGCUGUACGUGCUCAACCAGUACCUGCAGCACCAGCACCACUACGGGCCGCGGAUCAUCCGGUAGGACGCCGACGCCGACCUUCGACCACUUGAAUAAAUCGAAUCUACCGGGCCUUGCCGACGUGUCAGCCGACCCGGGACACCACUGGGAACGUUCAACUGGACACAUUCUCCUAGUCAACAUCAUGCAGAGUGCCACUUAAUUGGCCUCUGGAAUAAUUGUGAUAUUGUAGAGGUUUAGUAUUAUUUAUUGCUCUUGUAAAUAAACUCUUCGUAAAAGCCAAAGUAUUAAUAAGAUAUCUUAUAGAGGCACAAUUUUGUUUCCCUCCUUGCUGUUAUCGUUACGAAAUGAACAAUAAUUCUUUUAUUUGUCAACUUCUUGUACCUUUGAAAGGGGCAUGACAUUUUUUUAAAAACCAAUCUCCCUAAUGUUACGCCUUAAGAAACUUCCGUUAACUAUAUUUUUGAAUAGACGGGCAACCAACAGGCUACUUAUUUGCCUUCGUGCACCGAGAAUCCCUUAUUGGAAUUGAUUAUCGUGCCCACAAGAUUGUUCUGUGCUUCUCGCAAAGUGUAAUAAAAUUACGUUACCCUGAA